AUGGCUACCUUGCUCCGACGGCCAGGCAAUCUCGCUCGGUACUCGAGGACACUUGCGGAAUCUACCCGUCGCACAGGGCUGGCUUCCCUGCGUGUGCGACAAUCAAGACUCUCAUCUCUGGUUCUAUCAAGCCGCGCUAGAACCUACGCCACACAAGGUCCGACACCCCCCGACGACAACAGCCGGAACAAUGAACAUCAAACAAAUAAGCCAAAGUCAGCUUUGACCGAAGCUGAAUUGGAACGUGUGGACGAAUGGCUGGAAGGUAUUGAUCCGGUGGGCCGUAAACAGAUCCGAAACCACCUCAUGAGCCAUGGACUUCCAGCGGAAGUCAGGAAGUACCUCGAUCGGAAUCAACCAACGACGUUGAUGGAUCGUAUUAAGAUGAUGCGGUUCCUGUGGCAAGCCACAACUUCCGAUGCUGCAUUGGAAGAGUUCCUAAAGAAAUACGAGCCUGAUGCCAAAGAGCUAGCAAAAAAGCGCGGUAUCUCAGACCUGCACAACCCCGCCGAAAAACGCAAUGAUACCGAAGACUCCAGCCUCCGCUUCAACAAGGAUUCAGAGCAGGAGCCACAAGGGCAACAACCGGCAAAGCAGGGCGAACAGCAAUCUAACUCACAACCGCCAAAGGAUCCCAAGCAAGACAAGGAUCCCAAGGAGGAAAAGGAUACCAAGCAAACGGAAGGUCCCAAGAAGGAUCAACAACAACAGAAGAAGCAACAGAGCGACAAGAAGGGCAAGGUGCCCCCGAACAUGGGCAAGGUUCUCGAGUUCCGCUUCGAUCCCGUUUCGUUCUUCGUCACCGCUCUCGUCACAUACUACGCCUACCGCAGCUUCUUCCCCGGUGAUGCCGGAGGCAGAGAAAUCACCUGGCAAGAAUUCCGGGCGAACUAUCUCGAGAAGGGCCUCGUGGAGAAAUUGACCGUCUUGAACCGCACCAAGGUCCGGGUUGACCUCAGCGGCGAAGCUUCGGCUCAACCCGAUUCAAAUGGUCAGACUCCCUCCUAUGUCUUCUUCAGUAUUGGUUCUGUCGACAGCUUUGAGAUGAAGAUCGAGGCAGCUCAAAACGAAUUGGGUAUUCCAUCACAUGAACGUAUUCCUGUCGCCUAUCAUGACGAAACCCCAUGGGGCGGCGUCUUGAUGUCAUUGGCUCCUACUCUUCUCUUCCUUGGUGGUGUCUUCUGGAUGUCCCGUCGUGCCGGUGGCGGCGCCGGCGGCCAGAGUGGAAUCUUUGGUAUCGGCAAGAGCCGUGCCAAGCGCUUCAAUCACGAGACCGAUAUCAAGACCAAGUUCGCCGAUGUUGCGGGCAUGGAUGAAGCUAAGGUUGAGAUCAUGGAAUUCGUUAGCUUCCUUCAGCAACCCGAGCGGUUCGAGAAGCUGGGUGCAAAGAUUCCCCGUGGUGCCAUUCUCUCAGGUCCCCCCGGUACUGGUAAGACAUUGCUUGCUAAGGCCACUGCCGGUGAAUCUGGCGUGCCUUUCUACAGUGUCAGUGGUUCAGAGUUCGUCGAAAUGUUUGUCGGUGUUGGUCCCUCUCGUGUCCGCGAUCUCUUCGCCAAUGCCCGGAAGAACACCCCCUGCAUUAUCUUCAUUGAUGAAAUCGACGCAAUUGGAAAGUCCCGAGCCAAGUCGAACGUUGGUGGUGGAAACGAUGAGCGUGAAAGCACUCUUAACCAGAUUCUCACUGAGAUGGAUGGUUUCAACACCUCUGAGCAAGUGGUUGUCCUGGCUGGUACCAACCGACCGGAUGUUCUCGACAAGGCCCUCAUGCGUCCCGGACGAUUCGACCGACACAUUGCCAUUGACCGUCCUACCAUGGACGGUCGCAAGCAGAUCUUCCGUGUUUACUUGAAGAAGAUUGUCACCGACGAGAACUUGGAGUACAUGGAGGGCAGACUUGCCGCUCUGACUCCUGGUUUCGCUGGUGCUGAUAUCGCCAACUGCGUGAACGAGGCUGCUCUUGUUGCUGCCCGCGGAAACGCAGACAAGGUUGUCAUGAAGCACUUCGAGCAAGCCAUCGAACGAGUCGUUGGUGGAUUGGAGAAGAAGUCUCUUGUCCUCUCCCCUGAGGAGAAGCGGACCGUCGCCUACCACGAGGCUGGCCACGCUAUCUGCGGUUGGUACUUCAAGUGGGCCGACCCGCUGCUGAAGGUGUCGAUCAUUCCUCGUGGACAGGGUGCACUCGGAUAUGCGCAAUACCUCCCGGCCGGUGGCGACACAUAUCUGAUGAACGUCAACCAGAUGAUGGACCGCAUGGCCAUGACUCUGGGUGGUCGUGUCAGCGAAGAGCUGCACUUCGACAGCGUGACUAGCGGUGCUAGUGAUGACUUCAACAAGGUCACUCGCAUGGCUACUGCCAUGGUGACUAAGUUCGGCAUGUCGUCCAAGCUUGGUUACAUUUACUACGAGGAUGACGGACAACAGCAACUCCACAAGCCUUUCUCCGAGGAUACUGCCCGCUCUAUUGAUAUGGAAGUGCGCCGUAUCAUCGAAGAGGCCCACAAGCAGUGCCGCGACCUCCUGACCGAGAAGAAGAAGGAGCUCGGUAUUGUUGCUGAGGAGCUUCUGUCUAAGGAGGUUCUUGGACGCGACGACCUCAUCCGUCUCCUUGGCCCGCGCCCCUACCCCGAGUCUGGCGAGUUCGCCAAGUACUUCGAUGGCACAGGUGGCAAGACCAUUGCUCCACCGGACUUCCAGAGCCCCGAACAAACCUCUGGUAAAGAUGGCCGGGAUGAGACACCUAUCCCUCCUUCAUAG